AUUACAUCACAUGUCCUGUGGGUAUCCCCCGUCUUGGUGCUGACAACCUUAGUGCUUAAAUGCUUCCCUCGUGCACGUUCUUUCUUUCUUUCAGUUAAAGUUCCAUUCCUUUUGUCUUUCUCCAUUACCCAUCCGGUCAUUCCUUUACCACAUCCAAAACCCACCAACAACUUGCAUUUCUUCUUCUGACAACUUCUCUACAAUGAAGGCGUUGCUGAUUGGAUUAUGGUCAGUUUGGGUGUCUGGGGUUCUCCUUAUUGCUCUAUCUCUUUAUGCUACGCAGAGGUUGCCACUCUCCAAGAAUCGUAUUUUCAGCCAUACAAGUUUUAGCGACCUUGACACUCCCAAAAUUACUAUUUUCACAGCUCCAGCGCCGUUUACAGGUUCCUCACGGACUAAACAGAGUCUAGCUAUUCGGUCAUGGCUUGCUUUGUCUCCACAAAUCUCAGUCAUUCUCUUUAGUCAACACCAUUCUGCUGCUUCUUUUGCCAAAUCUUUUGGUUCCCGGGCUUUGGUUGAAUCCGAUAUUGAUUUCACGUUUCUUGGGGUUCCUUUCUUUCAUUCCAUGGUGGCAAAAUCACGGGCAUUUAAAUCUGACAUAUAUGUUUUUAUGGAUACUGAAACUAUUCUCCUGCCUGACUUUGUGUUGGCAUUGAAUUAUGCUCAUAAUCUUGAUGAUGAUUGGCUCCUUUUUGCUUCUCCACGAGAUGUUCCAAAUUUCCCAUUCUAUCUGGAUGAGGAUAGGAAACAUUGGCUAAAAGAUGGCCAAAGGAUAAGAAUUCAGGAGUUGCAGGAUACUCUUGGCUCAAGUUGGCAGUGGAGUUGUUGUGACAGUAGAAUGGUCAUAGCAUGGAACAAUGGGGUGAUGCCCUUACAUCAUGGGGUGCUUCCUCCUUUCCUGUAUGGAAAGGGAGUUUACAACCAUUGGCUAAUCAACGAGGCUUUGUCUAGUGGAUUAAGGUUCGUGUUUGAUGCCAGUUGGACUAUCUCAAACAUUGCACUGGGGGAUUCAAGGCGUCAGUCUAACCAUUUGGUUAAGAGCUCCAAUGUUUCAGAUAUUGAAAAGGGAAGUUGGGAAUAUGAUUGCAAUUCUCAUCUUGCAGCAGUGUAUGGAUUAUCAUCUCUUCACGGAUUUAAUUAUUCUGCUGUGAUGAAACUUGUUAAAUGUGAUGGCCAAUACCUUCUUAUUAAUGCUACAGAAGAUUUCCUGCAUACAUAUGCCUACAAAAAGAAGAGCUUAUGGAAAAGACACAUCCCAAAUUGCUGGAGAUCAAAGACAACUUUGGCUUGUGUUGUUAGAACUAUAAAGACGUGGAACGAAACGUCAGGUUGCUCUCUGAAAGAUGGAUCGGUUCACACAAAAACAUUAAAGCUUUCCUUUUCCUUAGAGUCACUUCUUGCUAUCACUGCAGACGAGAAUAAAACAGUUGUGCUCACGGUUGCUGGAUAUAGUUAUAAGGACAUGCUAAUGAGUUGGGUCUGCAGAUUGAGGCACCUCAGAAUCACGAACUUUUUGGUUUCUUCACUUGAUUAUGAGACCUAUCAGUUCUCCGUAAUGCAGGGCCUGCCUGUUUUCAAUGAUCCAUCAGCUCCAAGUAAUAUUAGCUUUAAUGACUGCCACUUUGGAACGGAAUGCUUUCAGCGAGUAACCAAGGUGAAAUCCAGAUUGGUUUUAAAGAUACUGAAGCUAGGAUACAAUGUACUUUUGAGUGAUGUGGAUGUAUACUGGUUUAAAAAUCCUUUGCCAUUGCUUUCCUCUUUUGGUCCUGCCACUCUUGCCGCUCAGUCUGAUGAAUACAACCAAACAAGACCCAUAAACUUACCUAGACGCUUGAACUCUGGCUUUUACUUUGCACGUUCUGAUGCCCCCACCAUUUCUGCGAUGGGAAAGGUAGUGAGGCAUGCUGCUACUUCUGGCCUAACCGAGCAGCCAAGUUUCUAUGACACGUUAUGUGGUGAAGGGGGUUCGACUCGCAAGGGUGAUAAUAGAUGUGUGGAACCUGGGACAAAUUUAACCGUUCAUUUCUUGGACAGAAACCUUUUCCCGAAUGGUGCAUACUUAGGGCUAUGGGAGAGAAAAAAUGUGAAAUCAGCCUGCAAGAAGCAGGGUUGCCUUGUUCUUCAUAACAAUUGGAUUAGUGGAAGAGUAAAGAAGCUGAAGCGUCAGGUAAUAUCUGGCUUAUGGGACUAUGAUAUUACUACAAGGAUGUGCUUGGUGUGAUCUAAGAAUUAGUUGGCUUGAAGUUUCGUAACCUAGUUGGGAAACUUUGGAAUUCCUGUGGAAUAUAACAAAAGAAAAUGCCAUUUUUGCUUGUGUAAUGCCUUGGUUUCAUCAAUAUUUCUGUGGGAGAAUAUUGAACUAGAGAAGCCGGCCAUAAAAAUACAAACUGACAUCCAGAGCAGGUAAGGCAGAAGAAUACUCAACCUUAAAACAAAGAAUGGUCCAUUCAACAGAAUAUAAUGCAACAUCUGGAUCAGGCGGCUUUUGAUCCACAGCUAUGCUGAAGAACUGUGCUACAUUCUGUGGGUUGGUUAGGCAUGGCAACCAGGAUUCUGGAAGCAAGAAAGAUGCGCGAGGAUCUCCGAUGUCAAUUGACUUCUCCCAAUCAAGGGAUAUAUCUGUGAGGAUAGUUCAUGCAGGUGGGCAAGAGGAACUAUAUCAAAAUGCUGUUCCUGUAUCCCAUCUGAUGAAUAAAUAUCCAGGGAUGUGUAUUGCACGUCCGGAAGUUUUUACGAAUCCUGAUGAGUCCCUUUUAUGGCCCGAAGAUAGCCUGUUGCCUGGCCAAAAGUAUUACAUUAUCCCAUCCUCUACAGUGGAAAAACUGAAAUAUAGACACAGAAAGAAGCUUAAAUUCAAACAAGCUGCUGAAGGUAGAGAAGAUAUGUCAGAUGCAAGGAUCACUUGGGAUAUAUCUGGAGAAAACUUGGAGGAAUCUGUUAAUUCUGCACAAGAAUUCUAUGUUACCAAGCCUUCCAAGGUACCUAAAGUUCCAAAGGAGAGGGUGUCAAAACAUUCACUGCGAAGGAGUAGAAGGGUAAAGAAGCCUUUUGUACCUCCACUCCCAAGGACAGGAUUGCUGCGGGAAUCAGGUUGGGAACCUAGUUUAACUUCUAUACAAGAACUUUCUCCAUGACUCUCUUUUCUACCUUCCAAGUUUUUUCUUCUUUUUCCUAUGUUCUUGUUUGGUUAUGCAAUCAUAUGCAAAAGAGUGAAUUGCUCAAUAUUAACUUGAAUAAACUGAACCAUUUUCAUUUG